AUGAAAUUAUCUAUAAUUACAUUUCUUUCAAUUUUCCUUUCAUUAUUCGUAGUUACAAUAGCCGAACCCAUUCAUAAAGUCAGACGUUUAUCGGUAUUUCCAGCGUCAAUAGCCUUACCAGAAUCAGAUGGACCUAUAGCAAAUGAUCCAGAAAAACCGGAAAAACAACCAGAACAAGAAGCACCAGAACAACCAAAAGAAAGUAAUCCACAGGAACAACCAGAUGAAGAUCCGCAAGAACAACCAAAAGGAAGUGAUCCAGAAGAAAAGUUACCAAAUCCAGUUGAACCUCCAUCAUCACCAACAAGUGAUUCAAAAGGAAUUCCUGCAGAAACUCCCCAAAACAAUUCAGACGGAACUCCUGUAGAAACGCCCCCCACCACACCAGGCGGAACUCAGACCGAAACAUCAGUACCGACAAGUACAGAAUCCUCCACACCAUCAUUUGUACCAAGACCUUCCAUAAUAUCUCAAAGUAAUGCCUCGGUUAACAGAUCUUUUGGAUUUGUUUGUAUAUUACUUGUCAUGACCAACACUAUUCUUACUCGAUUCCACUAG